CUGAUGAAUCAUUCCCCGGGGAGGAGAGCUGAUACGCCGCCGCCGUGUUGUGAUUGCAGGGCAGAAGCAGGCACCGCAGACAUGGCGCCGGGGGGGAGACUCUGAGUCCAGGUGACUCCCUCCAGCUCCAGCAGCCUUUGCCCUUGUGAUAGAGCCACCGCCUGAGUCAGUAUCGCCGGAGUGAGCGGGGAAAGCUGGCAGCUUCGGUGGGCAACCGCGGCUCCGCUCGGAGGACAUGAUGGAGGUGACGGCGGAGGGAGAGGCGGAGGAGCGCAGGAGGGAGCAGUGGAAGCUGCUGUCCAGCCUGAAGACCACCGUGGAGGGCCUCCUGUCCACCAACAACCCCAACGUCUGGUCGCGCUACGGCGGCUUGCAGAGGCUGCACAAGGACAUGAACAACAUCCUCAGUCACAGGCUGAAGAACGAGCAGAUGUACUACAAGCAGCGAGACUACUGGCCUUUUGUUUGGUGCGUCCGCUACAUCAGCCCCCACCUAGCCCAGCACGUCGAACAGUUCAGCCACCUGGAGCCGGUCUUGAGCAGCGGGACGCACAGCGCCGGCGAGAGCCACAAGGCCGAGCGCUGGUUGCUGCACAGCUUGCAGGUUCAUAAGCUCUCGGCUCAGCUCAAGCCGCUGCUCAGGCAUCUGGGCAACACGCGGAAAUAUUACAACGACGACGCCUUCCUGCUGAGCGAGCCCCACGUGACCGCCAUGUUUCAGUGUCUGGAAGCCGUGGAGCAGAAUAACCCCAAGCUGCUGGCUCAAGUAGACACGGUUGGGCUGUCCCCUCUGAGGGGCUCUCCGUGCUUCAGUCUGCUGAAGAGCCAGAGCCUGUGCGUGCUGCCGGGGGCCGGGGGGACCUGGAGGAACUCGGACACGCCCCCCGGAGGAGACUCGCUGAACCGCAGACUAACCACCUCAAACUGCUCGCUGCGAGAAGCGGUGACGGCGAGCCACAAGCCCGCAGACACUACAGGAGCCAGAUCCCCCCGGGGCGACGCCACGAGUGACGAAAGCAUCGAUACCAAGUACACUACCUCUCCCGCCAGCAGCGUGGAAGCUCCCUGGGUGUCCAUGUGCGGGCCAGGGGAGGCCGAUCGAGGCGCGACGCCCUCUCCUGGAUCAACCUCCAUCCCCCGCGUCUCUCUAACGGAGUCCCCGUCCUCCUCCGUUCAGCCCGAGGCCGGCGACUCCUGCGACGGCGACUCCGACGACGGUCCCGAGUACCUGGCCAUCGGUAACCUGGGGCAGCGCAGUCGCCGCGACUCCCGAAGCUCCGCCCACAGCAGCGAGCGGGACCCGACGACGGAACCGUGCGCGCAGCGGGGUCCGCCGGGCCCGACCCCGCCGAGGCGCUCCUCGUUCUCCGAGGGCCAGAGGGGCCCCGGCAGGGGGGCUAAAGGACACACCCGCUCGUUUUCAGACACUGGGAUCAGUCAGAAACUCAGGAACGGAGGAGGCCACAGAAAAAUCACCAUAAUAAUAGAGGAUCCAGUUGCAGAAUCAGCAAGCGAAGACUCCAGCAUGAAGGACUACAGCCCCUUCUCACCUCAGCGCAGUGACACCAGCACCCCCAGUUCUCUCUACAUGGAGUCCUACGGGCCCCAGAACAGCAGCGUGCCAGACGGGAUGUUCAGGAAACCGUCGAAGGGGCAGAGCCUCAUCAGCUACCUGUCAGAGCAGGACUUUGGCAGCUGUGCCGACCUGGAAAAGGAGAACGCUCAUUUCAGCAUCUCAGAGUCCCUGAUUGCCGCCAUCGAGCUGAUGAAGUGCAACAUGCUGCGUCCGGGGGAGGAGGGCGAGGAGGAGGGAGACAGUGACUCCGAGAUCCAGCAGCUCAAGCAGAAGAUCCGCCUGAGGAGGCAACAGAUCCGUCACAGCCGUCUGCCGCCCUGCACGCCCUCCCAACACAAUUUCCACUCCACCGACAGCGGCGGCUCCAGGAGGAGCUCUCAGGACUCCUACCAGGGUCUGUCGGACUCCGGCUCGGCCGAGGAGGUGGAGGAAUGUGAACUGAAAGAUGGCUGCGAGGGUCAGUCCCUGCUGGCGGUGUCUCAGAGCGGCCUCUCCUUGUCACUCGCCUCCCUCUUCUCAGAUGCAGAUAUAAAGCGCAGCGUAAGCUCCAGCGGCAGGUCUUUCCUGAGCUCAGAAUCCAUCUCUCCCUCCUUCCUCCAGUCUAACUCGGCUGAGUCGGUCGCCAUGGGUUUGCUCCGGCAGUUCGAGGGCAUGCAGCUUCCUGCAGCUUCAGAGCUCGACUGGCUGGUCCCAGAACACGACGCUCCUCAGAAGCUGCUGCCUAUUCCCGACUCUCUGCCCAUCUCUCCCGAUGACGGCGAGCACGCGGAUAUCUACAAGUUGAGGAUCCGAGUCCGAGGCAACCUGGAGUGGGCGCCGCCGAGGCCACAAAUCAUCUUCAACAUCCAUCCUGCCCCAAAGAGGAAGAUCAUUGUUGCCAAGCAGAACUACCGCUGUGCUGGCUGCGGCACCAAGAUUGACCCGGCCUACAUCAAGCGCCUGCGUUACUGCGAGUACCUCGGCCGCUACUUCUGCCAGUGCUGCCACGAGAACGCCCAGGCCAUCGUUCCCGGCCGAGUGCUCAGGAAGUGGGACUUCAGCAAGUACUACGUCAGCAACUUCGCCCGGGACCUGUUGAGCAAGAUCGCCGGGGAUCCUCUGUUCAACCCGAGUGACAUCAACAGCAGCCUGUACAAGAAGAUCAAAUCCCUGGAGUCUGUCAGGGUUUUAAGGGUGCAGCUGUUUCACAUGAAAAAUCUCUUCAAGACGUGCCGCCUUGCCAAAGAGGCGCUGGACCAGUUCGACGGCCUGCCGGGCCACCUGACCGAGGACCUUCAUCUCUUCUCGCUCAACGAUCUCGCCGCUGUUCGCAACGGCGAACUGGGUCCUCGAAUGAAAGAGCUGCUCAAGCUUGGUACCGUGCAUGUAGCCAGCUGCGUGCUCUGUCAGGCGAAGGGCUUCGUGUGCGAGUUCUGCAACAACGACAAAGACAUCAUCUUCCCCUUCCAGCUGAGCAAGUGCCAGCGCUGCGAAGAGUGCCACGCCUGCUACCAUCAGAGCUGCUUCCGGACGGGGAAAGGCUGCCCCCGGUGUCGGCGGCUGGCGGAGCGCCGGGAGAGGCUGGCGCGCAAAAACAUGGAGGAGCAAGAGGACGAGGGAGGGGGGGCCUAAGCGCCGGGGCCACACGGGAACCCUCAGGAAAAGGACAGGAGCACAAAUCGACGAUGAUUGUAGUCACGGACCUUCCUCCCAGAUCACCACUGAAAGCUGCUUCUGACCACGUCCGCAACACGGAAGAUAAGUUUAGAGAUGAAUAUUUUCUAUAAGCCCCUUCAAGACGUGCACUUUAUUUCAACAAUGCUUGAAAAGUAUAUUGACUCUUAUGCAACGUUUGAUUUAAUUAAUAUCCGCAACAUGGAAGAAAAAUCUCUAAUUAGGCAUUUCUGUAAGCCUGGAUUUGAACGUUGUUUCUUAAAGCCAACAAGCCCACGAUGCGUCCUUUUACUCCACAAAAAAGCUGUUGGGUUGAAUCCUUUUUGAUCUUAAAAACUUCGUUUUAAGGUUAUUACAUUUGUCCAACUCUUAUUACCAGCUUUCCUCAGCAGUGCUGAAUCAUUCCCGUACAAAUAGACCAGCUCUGUAUGAGAGAUCACACGUGCUGCCUUGCACAGCUACUUGAUGCUAAUAAUUUUGCAGUUUUUGUGUGCAACACGAGCCAAAGACCGUCUUUAAAUGUCAGCACUUGUGUUUUGUGAUGUUUGUUGUGAAAUCGAGCUAAUCUGUCCACAAAAUAAGUAUUUGCAGAGAUGUUUUAUUGAGCCUCAGUCUUCUCCCUCUUUAGAGAUUCUGAGGGAAAAAAAAAGAUUAUUUUAUUAGCGUAGGAGAUUUUUUUUUUUUUUUUGACACCUGAAAUUAUUUUAGUUUUUAAGAAUGACACUGGAAAUGGAAAAAAAAAAAUACUCAAUUUUUAGGACUUGACAAAUGAUUGUUUAAUUAUUACUUUUUUUCAGGUGCGGUUUUGUUUUAAGUUUGAUAAGAAAACAUUUACCUCAAUGCUUUCUAUUUUUGUGAUGCUUAUUUUUUUCAUAUUUUAUGCUUUUUGUUGUUGUUUUUUUUUUUUUGAGACACUUUUUGACCAAUGAACAUGUAAUGGAAACUAUGGCGGAGCUUCACGGCAGAGCUGAAUUUGCAGGAGCAUGAUUGUGAUUCCCCAGUCGGUGUUGCAAAUAUUAUCAGUGAAACUGCAAAUGAUCGGUCGCCGUGCUGCUCGGUGUGUGUGUGUGUGUGUGUGUGUGUGUGUGUGUGUGUGUGUGUGUGUGUGGUGACAAGAGUGGGCUUAAUGCGAGUGCUUGUGGGCAUAUCUACCUGCUGCUCCUGCAGGUUUGUAUUGUUGCAGCUUUUGGGUUAACAGUGUGUUUGGUUCAUUGCACUGAUCCUGUGUGUUUUGCUGGGAUGGCGAUGGUGGAGUCAGCUUUGGUUGUUAUCCUCCUCAUGUAAAUUGUUUUUUUUUUUUAGGAAUAUUAACUCUUAGCUUGAAUUGGUUCUGACUUUGAAAUGACGCCGUCUGAGCAGUUUCUGCCUGAUGCUCUUUUAUUUAACUCACAACGUUAAAUCAAACUCUUCAUACUUGAGCGUUCAUUUAAAUGUCUUAGCAAAUUAGCGUCUUGCAUUACAGAUAUCAAGAGAUUUAAAAAUGGUCACGUUCAUGUUGAUUGGGGGUUAUGUGACUCCCUUUUCAGGUAACUCCAUGUGUUGUCUAAGAGAUUAAGUGAUUUUAUGUUUUCAUUAACUAACAGGUUUUCAGUUGUAUCUCUUGUGGACCAGUAUAAAUUAGAAGAAAUUUAUGUUGUGCCAAUUUUUUUUAAGGUUUCAAACUAAAUUGCUAAUUCAUAGUCAUGUUGUCUUAAAUAAAACAAAUCAAAAGUCUGAAAAAAACAAAUACAAUGUCCUAAUUUAAUAACUCCUUAUUGCCAUUUCAGUGUAAUGUUAACACAGAUCUUUAAUUACCAGAUAGUUACUGUUCUUUCUAGGCUCUUUGAUAUGAACCCAUUGCAUAUUUAGGCACUUGAAUUUUCUGCUUUUUUCCUAAAGAAACGUUGAAGUCUUCAGUUUCAAGCUUUUGAACAAAGCAACCGCCCAGCUCCUCCGAUCAGCUUUGUCUCGGACCUGCCUUUAUUGUUGAGGAGUGGAGAGGUUUAAAGUGCACUACAGAUUUAAAAUGUUUAUUAUUAAAAAUGUUUGUUGUUAUUCUAAAUCCUGAUUUGCUUUGAAUCUGUAAUUAUGUUCACAAUAAAUGACUGGCAAGACUGUUAAA